ACGAAGGGGCGGGAUCGUGGUUAGUGUUUGUUAGCACAGGUGAUGUGAUCUUCGGUCCGUGGCUCCAAGGAAACAUGGGGAAACUUCAGGAGUUUGAGAUUACAUUCGACAAAAAUAAAGUGGUGUACAGUCCAGGAGAGUCAAUAACCGGAGCAGUGACCAUCAAAGUGGCUCAGUCACUGCCGUGCAAAGCCAUCAAAGUGAACUGUCAUGGCUUUUGUGGCAUUACUAACAAGGUGAAUGACACGGCCUGGAUGAUGGAGGAACAGUAUUUCAACAGCACUGUCUCUGUUGCAGACAAAGGAACCCUGAAACAGGGAGAACACACAUUUCCCUUCAAGUUUCUCAUACCAGCCACUGCUCCAACGUCUUUUGAAGGCAACUAUGGCAAAAUAAUUUACAGAGUGAGGUCUUUUAUUGACACACCACGAUUCGCCAAGAAUUACAGCACAGAGAAGGCUUUCUACCUGCUGAGCCUCCUAAACCUGAAUAAAGUGGCAGAUAUUUGGGGAACUUCUUCAUCUGCAGUGACACAGCAGUUCACCUACAUGCUGGUGAAAACAGGCACAGUGGUCCUGAAAGCCCAGACUGACAUGAAGGGUUACACACCAGGCCAGAUCAUCCAAGUGACCACCAACAUCCACAACCAGUCUGGCAAGAGCACAGGCACUAUGGUGGCCAGUCUGAUGCAGAGGGUGACCUAUGAGAUGAAGCGACCCACCCAUGAUGUGAAGGCCGUAGUGGAGGUGGAGGGUGGUGUGGUAAAGUCUGGCAAGGAGGUGGAGUGGAAGGAGCAGAUCAUCGUUCCUCCUCUUCCUCAGUCCUCGUUGGUCGGCUGUGAACUCAUCAAGAUUGAAUACUAUGUUAAAGUCAGUCUAAAAUCUCCAGAUGUCAUGUUGACAUUACCCAUCCACAUUGGAAAUGUCUCACUUGACAAAACACUACACCCAUCCAGAAACGCUGAUGCAGCUUCCCCCGCUGUAGCUGAGGAAACGCCAGCGUCUGCCUUUGACACCACUCCCACACCAACCCCUCGCCCGGCCCCAAAGCCAGCUCCUCGUCCCACACCACGCUCCAGAGUGUCGUCCCAUCAUUCUCCCAGUGCUCCUCCAGCAGAGUUUCGUCAGGGAGUGGAAGGUGGAGCUCCAGUGAAUGACAGCUUCUCCAGCAAGCGUCAGUCUCAGCUGGUGUCACCCAAUGCUUUCAGCUAUGCUCCUGGCCUUUUCUUCCCUCAGAACCAGCAGCCCACGGCUCCAGGUGCUGUGUCUGGUGGUGUCAGUGGGUCCACAGGGGCCUCGGCACCAUACCCUCCUGAGAGUGCUCCUGGAUUAGUAGCAACGCCACUUAUUCUCCCUCCGGACUAUGGCACCUCAUCUUAUCCACAAGAGGCCCCGCCUUCUUAUGAUGAGAGCUGCAACACAUGAAGUGGAAGGAGACCCAGGAAUCUCGCACCAGGAGGACGAUGACAUCACUGUUAUGUGAAACUUAAACUGCAAAUCAUGACACUGAAUUUCCAAAACAAGAGCCACGUGGUUUUAAACAGUACAAACUAUCAUGGACCAAAUGAUUGUUAGACACAGAACAAACCUACAUAUUUUAGGCCUCAACCCUCCAUUUGAGAUUCAGGAUGAAUGUAAAUUGGCCUCGGACUCUGCUGAACCUCUACUGUAAACCAGCCAUGUAAACAGUCUUUUUUAAAAUCAAUGUUUUUUUUUGUAUUAUUAUUUGUUUUAAGCACUUUAAAUGAAAGAGGAAUUUUAUUUUCCAUUCUCUAUACCGUAACAGGAGUCGUGUUUUUAGUGGUAGAUCCAGAUGUAGACGUUUCAGAGGUACGCUAAUGGAAAAGAAAUCAUCUAGGAUUCAGUCUAAUAUUGUUUUUCAAGAGCCAAAUAAGAAAAAAACAAAGGAUAGGAUAGGUAGGAUAUUUUAAUUGGUUGAAUUUUAAAAGGUCUAGUGUGGAGGAAUUAGUUGCAUCUAAAGGGGAGACAGAGGACAGAAGACUCCACCACUUUUCACGUUUCCCGAGUGUACUACUCUACAGUAGUACACCUUCAAAUACCAGGAUGUUGUUUUUCCCUCGUAGUAACCCUCUGCUUAAAAACACAAAAUGCUUGCUCAUGGUUAAAAUAGGGCCCUUUUUUAAAUUACAUUUUAAAAGACUUUUUCUCAGGCUAAAAUCACCCCGUCAUACAUUAUUUGUUAAUAAACUAUUAACAUACAUUGGACCUUUAUGUUUCCUGUUGUUUAAUUGUGUUGCAUUCACUGGCUGAUUUGUGUGUAUAUAAAUAUAUAUGUUCCUGUUGGAUAUGUGCUGGUUUAGUUUUUUCAGAUUUUUUAAAAAUAAUGCGGUGAUUGAAGCUUUCCUUUUACCGUUCUUGAUAUAAUUCACACCAAAUAUUUCAAUCAUACAUUUUUGUGAAGUGUAUUUGAAUAUUACAUCAAGUUAAAACCAUCAAACAUACAAGGCAAGUUUGUUUAUUGUUUAAUAUGUAUAUGGAUUCUAAUAAAUCUGUUCAAACGA